AUGCUUCGUUCCUUUGCUUUGAAGGCUUCUCCAGUGAAGAAGGUUUCUGCCACUUCCUCUCUUAGAGUGUUAUGUGUUUGUUCCAACAUGAAUAACAACAACAACAUUUUACAUGGCAUUAAUACUCAUUCUUCUUCGGGAGUUUGGACUAUUGGAGUAGCCACAAGAGAGAACAAUAAUUUACGAUUUUAUGCUGAAGAGCAAAGACAAAAGCAUCCAAAGAGUAAACAAGGAAAGGAAUCGAAUUUUAAACGACUCUCCCACGAAGAAUGUGUUCAAGUUUAUGAUUAUUGGAAGAAUCAAGGCAAACAACUUAAUUUCACUUUCUAUAGACAAUUCAUACAACACUGCAAUAACCUAUGCUGGGAAAAACCAGAAUAUCUUGAAAAGGCUUUCUCAAUUGCAGAAGAUAUGAAAAAAGAUGGAAUAGAAUGGAACCGUGAAGUUUACUUUAUGUUGAUUCAAUGUUGCGUUCGUACAAGAAAACCAGAGAAUUUGGACAAAGGAUUUGCCCUCAAGGAAGAAAUGGAAAAACGAGGAAUUACAUCUUCUCAAUUAAUUUACAAUACUCUAAUUAGAGGAUGUGCCCUUCUUGACCAAAAAGAAAGAGCAAAACCACUUUUUGAAGAUUUAAUGAAAUUGAAAGAAGUCCCUGCGGGAAUUAAAUUCGAAGAUGUUUACAAACAUUUGAAGGAAUUGUAA